AACCUCAACCUUGCAUUCAGUGACUUCAAUGAAGCCUAGCUCCCAGCUUCUGGGUUUGAGCGGCUCACGGAUAUGAUCCACCUCAACCUCUCGUACACCUAUUUUAGGGGUCAGAUCCCAAUUGGAAUUGCCAGCCUCAAGAACCUUGUCACCCUUGACUUGUCUCGUAAUUAUGAUUUGUAUUUUGGGCGGCCAAAUUUCCAAGCCUUCAUGGCAAAUAUGAGCAAUCUGAAGAAUCUCUAUCUUGAUGAACUGGAUUUAUCUAGCAGUGGGUCCACUUGGUCCAGUAUUUUAGCAGACUCCGUUCCUCAGCUACAGGUUCUUAGCUUGUCCUGGUGUUCUAUAUCAGGUUCUAUCCACCCUUAAUUCUCAAGGCUUCACUCGCUUACGAUGAUCAACUUGGGAUACAAUUCUGAACUUACCGGCAAAGUUCCUGAGUUCUUUUCUGAGCUAUCUUCCUUGACUGUUUUAGACAUAUCAGGAACUCAGUUUGAAGGGCAGUUUCCCACAAAAAUAUUCCAGCUAAAAAGUUUGAGGUCUCUUGAUUUUUCCGAUAACCCCAUGCUUUCUGUGAGACUAACACACUUCCCCGCUGGAAAUAAUUUGGAAACACUAAAUCUAGCAGGGACCAAUUUCUCUUAUGACAUGCCAUCCUCGUUUGACAAUCUUGAGUCUCUAAAGACAUUGGGGUUUAACACGAUGGACAUUGAUGACAAACUCUCAACUUUGAUAUCUAAGCUUCCAUCAUUAGAUGACCUGCAACUCAGGGGAUCAGAUUUGGAGAACCCGGUAUUAUCUUGGGUCAGCAAUCUUACCCAAUUGACGCACCUAAAGCUUGAUGGUUAUGACUUCUCUAAAUCAGUUCCCACUUGGAUCGGCAAACUGACAAGGUUGGAAAGUUUGACAAUACGGGACUGCAGUUUCUCCGUGCCAAUACCGUACGAGAUUGGAAAUCUUACAGAAUUGGCAGAGCUGGAGUUAUGGAGUUCUGACUUCUUUGAGCAGAGAAUGACAUCUUGGAUAGGCAAUCUUACAAAGUUGACUUCUUUGACCAUUUUUACUUGCAAUUUCUCUGGGCCAAUACCAUCAACAAUUGGGAACUUGAUCCAACUUGAGGAGCUGGUGGUCUGGUCGUCUAACAUCACUGGGCCAUAUUUUAAGUGA